AUGCAUCUCAGCGCCUACUUUGGUCUUCUUUCUUUUGCUGUGGCGGCCGUUGCCAGCCCGGCUGGCCCCCACAAGCCCAACUCCAUUGCGAACCUCAAGUCGCACAUCAAGAACGUCGUUAUCUUGGUCAUGGAGAACCGCUCGUUCGACAACAUCCUCGGUGGGCAAAAGACGCACGGCUUGGAUAAUCCUAUACAUAACGGCCCGUUCUGCAAUCCGUUCAACUUGACCGAUCCGUCGCAGGGCGAGGCGUGCACCGGGCCGCGCUCAUUCGACUCGGUCAUCAAUGAUCCGGACCAUGCCAUCUAUGGAAACAACAUCCAGUUCUACGGUGACUACACCCCGGAUAAUGAGGCGAUUGCCUCGGGCAAGCUGAAGGCGCACAACAAGGGCUUUGCGCACGAGCAGAUGCGUCUUUAUGCGGAUGAGGCCAACAAGACCGACCUCGUCAAGCAGGUCAUGCACUACUAUACCGAGGAGCAGGUGCCUGUUCUGACCUCGCUCGUCAAGAACUAUCUGACCUUCAACUACUGGCACUCGGAUAUCCCAGGAAACACAAACCCCAACCGCGCAGCCCUAACCUCGGGCACCUCGCACGGUCACGGCCUCAACGAUGCUGGCUUCGAUAAUCACGAGCUCCCCGUCAGAUCCAUCUUUCAACAACUCACGGAAACCAACCACACGUGGGUGAAUUACGUCGACCCCGACGGUGGCACCGGCCCUGACGCCGGCUUCUACUCCUGGACCUACGAAACAGGCAACGAGGACAAGAUCGUCCCUCUCGCAAACUUCUACACAGACGCCGCGGCCGGCGCCCUCCCCGAGCUCACCUACAUCAACCCCUCGUGCUGCGGUGUUGGCACGACAUCCAUGCACCCCAGCGGUCUGAUCUCUGACGGCGAAACCUUCAUCAAGUCCGUCUACGACGCCCUCCGCUCCGGGCCCCAGUGGGAUAACACCCUCUUCAUCCUGACCUUCGACGAGAGCGGUGGCUUCCACGACCACGUUCCCGCGCCGCUUGCGCCUCGUCCAGACAACCUCACCUUCACACUCAAGACUCCCAACGGGGAGAACUACACCUUCCCCUUCGACCGUCUUGGCGGACGCAUUCCAACUCUGCUCAUCUCCCCUUGGGUUAAUAAGAAUGCCGUCGAGCAAAAGGGAAGGAAUGCCGAGGGAAAGAACGUCUCGUAUUCUGCUACAUCCAUUCUGAGGACGCUCGGAUAUCUCUGGGACUUUGAGCCUUUCACGCCGCGUGUUGAGGCUGCGGCGUCGUUUGAGCAUUUGAUUACGAGCAAGGCGAGGAAGGAUACGCUUGAGAACUUGCCCGAACCUGAGCCGUUUAAGAAGGCGAAGGUUUAG